AUGUGGGAACUUCAGAGAAUGAUAACAAUGCUGAAACGCCGUCUUAAAAAGCAGCAACAGCUACGUCUGGCUCGCAUAUCCACUAUAGAUGAGGCGACUCCCCUACCUGUCGAAUCCACUACCUUGGUGGCUAGUAAUGUAGAGGCAGUUACUUCUACCGUUCGUGAUGGUGGAUUAAGUGGAAAGACAGGUAAUUCUAGCAGUGCAGGUAUAGCUGGCAAUUUAUCCAAUUUGGCACAAAAGCCGAGUACACCUGGAGAAUCUCAAAUCGACACAGGAACGCCACACAAGGCUGGAUCACUCGCGGGGAUAAAUAUGCGUCUCGGUGGGGGCGUAAAGGGUCCAACGGCCAAUGACUUAGACCAAGAGGAGGUGCUCAAUUUAACUCUUAGGUUGGUUUAUAGCGGCAUUAACUGUAGUCUAUAUCAUCCCAAUAUUCGAUUCAACAGUCUUUAUAGAUCCUCUCUUACUUUUGCAGGGUAUACUUUCACCAGACCGACUUACUUUAAAGCCAACACAAAACGACACUUUUAA